AUGGGGAAGCGAGAGCAGUUCGGGAUCGAUUUGAAAUCGUUGUGCGUGAAACCGGGGCGAGCGCGGUGGACGCUGACGGUGGACUGCGCGUGCGCGUGCGAUCGAGGGUCGAUGUUGGAUGCGCUGAGCGUGGGCGUGCGAGCGGCGUUGGCGGAUACGAAGAUUCCGAAAGUCACGGUCGCGGGCGUGGGUGAGGAUGGUGCGGGCGGGGAGUUGGAGAUUGAUGACGAUCCCGAGGCGUGCUCGCGCGUGGACGUGUCGAGGUGCGGCGUGGUGGUGACGACGACGAAGAUUGGAAGACACGGCGUCGUGGACGCGACGGAGGAGGAGACGGCGUGUUCGGAGGCGACGAUGAGCGUCGGUGUCGAUCGUGAAGGGACGAUUUGUGCCGAGUUUGGCGCGGGAGGGGAGAGUCUUGAUCGAGGCACGGCGCAGGCAAUGCGCAAGCUCGCGUGUAAAGUCGGCGUCGAGUUGAUCGAACACAUGGAUGGGUAUCUCGCGCGCGCGAUCGCGGUGGACGUCGACGACGACGACGAGGGCGACGAUCGCGUGCUCAAGGUGAAGAUUCGUCGAUGA